CCGAAAUGAAAUCAAAUCCAUGUUUAUUCAUUCCAACUAUGUAUAAAAAUCAGUCCCCUUACAUCAACAAAUCUUCGCUUCUUUCAAACCCUCACUACAAGAUCACCGUCGCCACAGCCCCCAACCCCUCGCCGAACCUCAACUACCCUUCCCGCCAUGAGGCGCUUCUGUCCAAUCCCAACCCUACGCCUAUCUUUCCUACCCCCUUCUUGGCCCCUGCUCGCCUCAUGCUAACCAUGGUGACGUGGAUCCGCACGCGCCGCCGCCGGUGUCUUCUCCUCUUGCUUUGCUCCCCUCUCCUGAUCCCCUUUCUCUGCGCCACUUUCCCUAUCCUUUGCUUGGCUGAAAUCUGUUUCCGGAUUUGUCGGAGGAGGAGCGGCGGGAAGGCGGCGGCGCAAGAAGAUGAGGAGAACCGGAUACGGAGGUGUGAAGAAGGUUGUUACGGGGACGGAGAAGGGAGAGAAGCUGGACUGUUGCAAAGGUACUUGGAAGAUCAACUGGCACUCGUUGGAUCUGUUUAUGAAUGUGGCGAUGAUUCAGACGGUCAUGCUCAUCAAGAUCUUGACCUCGACUGCAGAAGUCCGCUUUUGAGCUGAUUGUGUAGCUUCUUCUUCUUUACUCCGAUUCUGUAAAUUAUGCAAUUAAUCUUUAAAUUUUGACUUUCACUUCUUUUUUUCUUCUCGAAAUUUGAGAUGGCGAACUUGUUGCUCUGAUAUGAACUUUGAAAUUGGAAAAAA